CACAAAGUGGCAGAACGUGAGCUUUCAGUAUCUCGACAGUUUUGCUCGUGAAACGCAUCCUUUGCUGAUCAAGUAACUUUUUAAAUUUUGUAUUGAAAACUGAAGAUGGUGAGAAAAAUAUUCACCUCAGUAAUGGAUGUUUCUGGGACUAACAGUGAAGCCAACAAUAAAUCCCAGUUUAAUCAUUGCAGUUAUGAUCAGACUUCCACAAGUGGCUACAGUUCUGAUGCUACACCAGAGGUAAAAGCUCCCAUUAAAAGAAAAUACACAAAAAAAUCAAACUCGGAAAUGAAGGCACUUCUGCCUCCAGAGGACACCACAAGUUUAGGCAUAAUUUCUCCAAUCCUCUCAUGUUUUCAAAGCAUUGGAAUUAAGUCCACAGAACUUCUGUCCGGACAUAAAGAUCCCAUCUUAAAGCCAGGUUCUUUCAAAGAUCUAAACAACAAACCCGUCGUAAAAAAUGGGGAGGGCUUCUGUAUUGUUAUAUCAUUGCAAGAUGGGUCAACUUUAUAUGUAACAAGCUCGAUUUCAACCAUCCUUGGCUAUCCCAAGGAUAUGCUGAUUGGGCAGUGCUUCGUGAACUUUUUAUAUCCUAGAGACCAGGUUGUUUUUGCUAAUUACCUUACUCAAGGAUUGAAUGCACAUUUUACUGAGGGAAAGAAAGGUGCUUGUGAAAGUUCAAGUUUCUACUGCCGGAUACGGAAAUACCAGGGCUUAAAAUCUGGAUUUGGAGUAUCAGAAAAGAAGCCCCAGUAUCAACCUUUUCACACCACGUUACAUGUCAAAGAGGUGUGUAACGACAGCACUUGUGUGGAAGAAAGCGAUCGAGCCAUGUGUCUUGUGGCAACAUUUAUGCCUGUGAAAUCAGCCUAUAGUGUACCAGAAGAAAUUCCAACAAUGUCAUCCUUUUCUACCAGACACAGUACGGCUUGUUACUUCAGUCAUGUUGAUAACAGUGCCAUACCCUACCUAGGGUUUGUUCCUCAGGACAUGGUGGGAAACUCUGUGUUUGAUUUCUAUCAUAUGGAUGACUUGCCGCAGAUGAAGGACAUUUAUGAACUAGUUAUGAAAGAGCAGGGUUGUCCAUUUCGAAGCAAACCUUAUCACACAACUAGCUCUAGGGGUCCAGAAGACCCAAACAUUUUGAAUGAAAAGCAAGAAGAAGAAAACCCUGUAUCAGAAGAGCUUCUUAAAGCAAGUCACCAAAUACAGGAAGAAAUUGUACAUUUGUUAUCACAGCCAGUGAAAACUAUCCUUGGUAGUUUAUGUAAAGUACAUGGCUUCAAAAGAAAAUUAGCAUUAGCUAACCUUACAAACAAUCUUGUGGAUAAGCUUGGAAGAACUAGGACUGUUGGUGAACCUCACACUCUCCACGCACAGAUACCUAGCCAACCAAAGUAUCAACGAGGACGUGCGGAAUGCCAGGACAUUACUACAGCAUAUGCCGAUCAAGCUUCCGUAGUCAUGGGAGAAAUUUCACCACACCAAGAGACUCAUGAUUCUGAUCCUUCCACUGCCACACCCUCUUCUGUACAGGAAAUGCGGUACCAGGAGAACAUCGAAAGGUUUUUUGCCAGUCAGCCAAAGACAUAUUCAUCUGAUGGGUCAGGGGAGAGCAAGAGUGAAGAACGACCAAAUACAAGUACUGAUGAAGAAAUUGGGAAGUGUAGUGGAUCUUCUGAAGAUAAAGAGAGACAGUUUUCUUCUGACUCACCAGGCUCAGCUGCUAGGUUCGAGGUUGGGGUUUCAGGUAGCUCUACUAAAAGAAAGUCAUCUUCUAAAGGAGAUUCUGGGAAUGGGUCAUUUCCAUUAAGAAAUGGAGUCCAGAAAAUGGACACUGGUAAUGGCAGUAGCAGUGAUGGAAGUGCGAAAGGAAACAACAUUCACCCUACUGUGCAUUCCCUUACUGAGGAGGCUCUGUCUCAACACAAUCGUAUGACUCAAAAGUUUUUCAAACCUUGGAAAGGAAAGAUUUCAGGUAUAUCUAAUUCGACUCUUAAGGAGAAAGACGCUCUUAGGCACAAAAGAGCUCAAACAAAGGAGCAUGCCGUUGGUUCAUACAAGCACAAACCAACUCGUAACUACACACCGACAACUAGUACUUCUACUACAGUCACACCAACUCAGACAGAACAGAAAGCUGAUCCCAUGCAGCCUCCAGGAAUGCUUUAUAUGGCCUUUAAUGUGCCUCCACCAUUUUCACUUCCAAGUUUUCCAGUAAUGACUCCCACAGCUCCCAUUAAUACAUCAGCCAACGUCACCUGUGGUACAACAUCCUUCACAAACUCAGGAUUCACAACGACAAUACCAAACUUUGGUUAUCCUCCUUAUACAUUUAUGCCACAAACCAAUAAUACUGGAGGGACCCCUGGGCCAUUCUUUAUGCCAGGUGUUAUGUGCGUUGGAGCCAUGCCAUUCUACCCAUCGAUGCCCACAGUCAUUCCUCAGCCAGGCUCUCAUUUAUGGCCACCUUGUGGAGCUAUGCCUAGUGUUGGUGUCACCAGUUGUGGUCAGUCUGCAGCCUAUAAUGGAGAAAAUUAUCCAGGAUCUUUUGAACAACAAAUGUUUAAUCCAACAGUUCCAUUCAGCAUGAACACGACAAACCUGGAUGAAACACAAACUACUGAAAAGACCAGGGUCUCCCAGGAACUGCAGGAUGCAUCUGCCCAUUUAUCCAACAGCGGAUUUACCAAGGUUUGUUCAGAGUCACCUUGUGAAGUUCAAAAGGUGACAUCUUCAGAAGAUGGCACCAAGAGAGGGGUAUUGAGGUCAAAAGCACACUUACCAGUAACACGGAGAGGAAAGUCUUCUUCAGUGGAGUCUGACACUGAACUGGUUCAACCUAAACUGAUGAGAGUGGGCUUGUCCAGUAAGAAUGACAAAGAUGAGAAAAAUUCUGAUGAAUCAUCAGAAAAAGACCUCCAAGAGGACACUGUCUCAUUUUCCAUAACAUCCUCCCUUUUAAAAUCAGAUGGUUACUCCAGUAGAUCACCUUCAGAGAAAGCUGAGGAAAUGGAAGUGGACACCAAGGAGGAGUCAAAGAAACUCCUUCGUCCAGUGCGUGGUAACCCACCUUGGAUGGAAGGCAUUGACAUGGGUCCAGACACAGUGUUCUUGUACCAGCUUCCAAUCAGAAAUAUGGAAGACGUGCUGAAGAAAGACUUGGAAGUUUUGCAGCAAACAAAACAAUCGGAACUUGUCAAUAAACAGUUAGCUCAACUCCAGUCGGAGCUGGAAGAGGAGGGCCAACUCCAGGCAGUUUGUUACCCUAGUUCUUCUAUAAAUGACAAAACUGAAUCAGAACUGAAGACGUACAUCAACUUAGGGUUUUCUACAUUUGAGGAGGACCUUGAUGAGAAAAUGGAACACCAAGAAGAAGCAGUGAUUCACCUUUUAUCUGGGGAUAUAUAAAGAAAACCAUUCUUCAGAGAAUGAGAUACAAAGGUCUCAUUUCCAGAGUGCUUCAAGUUGUAUAAUUUAAUCAACAAAGUGUGCACACCAAACUAUAGAGUGUCACCAUUUUCCGCAAACUCAGUGAAUAUCUGUGUGUGUGAGACUGAACAAUGGAAACUUCUACAUACUUUCAAUUAUAAAGUGGACUUUAGCUUUAUGAGAAGUUACCCAUUUCAUUAGCUCCUAAGAUGAAAAAUGGUUAAGACUUGGCACAUUCUAUGACAAUGCACAGGCUUUCAUAGAGAGGGUUGAUAUUGUACAGUAUCUGUGUUUUAUCCCUUACAAGCUACUUGGGAAGAAUAGGAUUUGGUAAAACAUCAUACGUUAAAUAAAGGAAAUCGGGCUUAAGGAAAAAAUAGACGAAAUGUUUACUUUCCAAUAAUUAUCAUCACUUUUAUUACUGUAAUUCUUCAUGUUCAAGUAUGUUGGUUCAGGUAUUUUUUUUACCAAAUAUUUCUAUUUCAGAUCCUUAUUUACGAUUUUAAUCACAAGUUAAGAAGUGGUGAAGGUGAAUUAUGUAUUGUAGGUUCCACUGUGGCCUUUGAGAAAAAUAUACUAAUUAUUUCCCAAUGCCAAUAUUUAUCCAAGUUUUUUGACUUUUAAAUGUUACAUUAAAUUAUCAGACACUAGUGUGGGCACUUAGCUGAGUAGGUGAAUCUAUUUUUAACACCUGCUACAAGCCCCUCAUAUUUUCUGUGAUGAUGUUAUAACUGUAUUAACUUUUUUGCAUUUAUGGGAACUAAUUUAGGCUGAACAAUUUUUGUCUAUAAACAAGAACCAAAAAAUACAUUAUUAGGUUAUCAAACCAAAUAUUUUUCAAUACAUCUGAAAUUACUUGAUAUAAACUUUCCAAACAUUAUUUUUAAUUUGAGUUAACCAUACUAGUUUUUUUUUGUCAUUAGCCAACAUUAAUUCAACAACUAUCAGGUUAAUUAUAAACUAAGCUUUAAAGCAAAGAAACACUAUAAUUAUGAUAAUAAAUUCAUAUUCUACAGAUCCCUAAAACACUACAAACUACAGAGUAACGUGAAGUGACAUUGUAAUUGAGCAUAAAACAUCUGAAAAUAUCGUUAACAAUAAGGGCACCUAACUGAUUGCAUUCUAAUCUUUGUAAGUAAGCAUUACUGGGUUGAUUUUUAGACUUGAUCUAAGUAGGAAGCUUUCUCUGAUCAGAAGUUAAUAUUAAUAAUGCUUUAUGCCCUUUAUCAAACUGAAAAGAGACCCUCUGUGGAGAAAUACAGUGAAAAAUCAUCACAUGUGGUUAGUAUUCAAUAUUGAGCAUUCUUUGGUAAUAAACUCUUGAAUUGUUA